UUCAGGCUUAAACAGUGUGGCGAAAGUGGCGAAAGCGAGUCCAGGGUUACAAGCAGACUAGUGUGUAACUCCAGAACAGUUUGUACACUAACCGCAUGUUUCAUCCAGGCCAACAGCUCGAUUAUUUUUUGGCCGUAUGUUCUAUUUUCUCCAUGUUUUCUCGAGCAGGAUGUCUUCCUAGGGUGGCAUGGACCGGCUGCCGAAGAAUGGGGAAUUUUACAUCCACCACUACUGGGACUCUGUCCAGCACAGCCUGUGUACAGUAUGUUCAAGAGGUGGUGUCACAGAACUGUGUUGUUAUAUUUUCCAAGACCACCUGUCCUUAUUGCAAAAUGGCCAAGAAUGUGUUCAAUGAAAUUGGUGCGACCUACAAGGUGAUUGAACUGGAUGAACACAAUGAUGGGAGGAGACUGCAAGAGGCCUUAGCUCAGAUGACUGGUGCCAGGACGGUGCCGAGAGUCUUUAUUAAUGGAAACUGCAUCGGGGGCGGCUCUGAUACCAAACAGCUCCACCAACAGGGAAAGUUGGUGCCUUUGAUUGAACAGUGUGCUCCCUGCUGCACUGCAACCAGCUCUGAAGGCUCAGGCAGUGGACAGUUUGAGUCAGCUAAAUGACUAACCGUUUUUGUAGUUUUUUUCAAUCCUGUAUUUAUUAAAUGUUUGCUUGAUCUUACGCGACAAGUUGUACAUUGCUUGAGCAUGACCAUGUUAUUUAUAUAUCAAAGUGCAUUGAAUAGUUGAUGUUUCAGCCACAUUUGUUUUCAUCCAGGGAUGUACAGUAUUAUUAUUAUUAUUAUUAAAGCUACCAUCUUUUAAACAAAACCUGUGAAUAGUGAAACUACUUCAAAUACUUCUCCUGCGCAUGUCUGUUGUAUUGAACAAUAUUACAGUCAUAAACAAGCAUGAUAUGUCUUGAAGCAUCAAGCAUCAUCAAACAUUGAACAUCAUGUAGUACUGACUGAUUAGCACAUUUUAUUGUGCUGAGUAUUUGACAUUGUGUGUUAUUGAGAAAUGUUAGUUAUUUGCAUAGAUUGUAUAUGAAAGAUAUAGUACUUAUGUUUUUUUGUUUUGUUUUUUACUUGCUUGGUUAAAUCAUUUUCUAUUUCAGGGUAUCUGAGAUUUUGGUAGUAGCUGUGUUUGUAUUUAAUAUUAGGGAGGUGGUUGAUUUUUGGUAAAUAAAUGUAGGAAUAAGGUCAUCAUGUUGCUGGUCAGAUGAAUGGGCGGAUAUAUUAAGUCAGAAUCAUUCUAAACGUUGUAAACUGAAUGUAUAUUUAUGAUUAUUAAAAAAAUAUGAAUGAAAAUUCACUACUA